CACACCUUGGGCAUGGCGGGAGCAGGUCAUGUCAGUUGUAAUACUACUGCCACCAAAACGACGCGUUGCAGGGUGAGCCGCGCAUCGACAACGGCCGAUGCAGACUCGGACCUGGAGACCUAGCAAGACCGAAGAGGAAAGCCUUCUCCGCUCGCCGGAACCAGGUACCAGCUCCCUGCGUAGGGAAGGGCCGAAGCGUUCCAGGGAGGGGAUGAAGGCAAAAGCUCAGUAUAAGGCGUCCCUCAAGUCCCUCCCAAGAGGAGAAGUCCAAGCUAGCCUGGGCUGAGUAACGGGUACAGGAGGGCCGCGAACACUACGCGCAGUUGCCCCAGAUGAAGGCAACAAACGGUGGAUUCGCCAACAAGGUGGGGGAGAUGUUGGCCACCAAGAGGCAAAGCUCGAUCGUAGCGAUUAAAACGGGAAGAUGACGGUGGCGCAGUGGAAGUUAGUCCACGCGCAGCUCGUCGAGGCACUGUUCUCGCGAAUGGAGGAGGACCCUAGCGCUCCCAUACCCACGUUCGAUGGAGCGGGAUGGCUGAACGGGGUCAAAAUCCUCAAGUGCAACGACGACCCAACGCGGCAGUGGCUGGUGCAGAAGGUGCCCCUACUGGAAGCUCUGUGGGAGGGGACCAAGCUGGAGGUGGUAGACAGGGAGCUGAUUCCGUCCAUACCAAAGGCGAAGGUGCUCUUCCACAUUGCUGUCCAGGGAGAGCGAGCACUGAAGCUGCUGCAGAGGCAAAAUCCGGACGUGCCAACGGGUGACUGGAAGGUUCUGCAUGCCGGUAGCCCACUACCCAACGAGGGGGGCCAGCACGUGAUCCUCCAGAUCAGCAAGGAGGCGGAGGACAUCCUGUAUCCCAAGUUCGGGAAGAUGGCGUGGGGCGUAGGUAGCGUAUACCUACGGCUGAAAAAGCGCCACCCCGAGGAUAAAGAUGCGCACACCCUCCAGGCAGGCGAGGUCGAGAAGGACCUAGGUCUGGAGUCCAUAGUGGAGGCCGCCCAGGGUCUGGGCGCUGGACGACUCGGAGGAGGAGGAGAACGGUGACGGUGACCUGACAAUCAUAGUCAACCCGUCGUGCGAGGUUGAGUUAGCCACCCAUGACACUAAGGGUGCUGCCACUCAAUCUCCAUAAAAGCAAGGUAGCGUCGGCGGAGCUCCUCAUUGCCUUGGAGCAAGGGCCCGCCGACAUAGCUUUAGACCAGGCCGUGGAUUGCGUCAGGCAACUCUGUGGCCGGACUAAAGUCCUCAAAUUACAGCCUUCUCUACUCAACAUCGCACGGAUGACCUGACGGUGGUGAUGCUGGAGAGCGAGGAAAAGCGACUAAUGGCAGCUUCCUGCUACAUAGCACACGACAGGCCCGCCCCACCGGAAGAACUUAGGAGUCUGGUGACAGAAGCCGGCUCCAAAAAUCUCCAACCCCUCAUCGGUGUAGACGCCAACGCCCAUCACAAUGUGUGGGGAAGCCCUGACA